AUUUGCUAUUUACAAGGGCGUUACAGAUGUCCACGGCGUGCGCUCUCUGCCCCUGGGCGUUAUAAAUAGUAAAGGUUAAUUAGUUAGCUGAGAAAUUGGAUCAGGGGCGGGCAGUUAGAAUUUGAUCCAUAGACAGGUAACUCAAGCAAACCCUUUUGUCACUGCAAUCAGACCUAUAUAAAUCCGCCUUGACGGACAGCAGUCACCACAUAGCCUUACCUCUCUGCUGGAUCACCGACCGGGCGAGAACGCACCUGAACACGGAAUAAAAUGUCGCUCUCAUCUAUCCUUUCCGCUGAUGCCAUCGACAGUGCUAUCAAGGACUGCCAAGCACCAGACAGCUUCUGCCCCAAGAAGUUUUUCCAGCUGUGUGGCCUCAACAAGAAGAGCGGCCCAGAUGUGAAGAAGGUUUUCGGGAUCCUGGACAAUGACGGCAGUGGUUUUAUUGAGGAGGAUGAGCUCAAGUAUUUCCUCCAGAGGUUUUCCCCCGGGGCUCGGGUUCUGACAGACAAGGAGACCAAGGGCUUCCUGAGUGCUGCUGAUGACGACAGUGACGGUCGGAUUGGAGCAGACGAGUUCCAGGCCAUGGUCAUGUCCUAAACACCUGGACUCCUUCUCUCCAACCUGAUCUAAACCCCUCCAACCCGCCCCCUCUCCACUGCUUCAAGGGCUCUCUUAGUUUUAGUCAUUUUUUCAUCUGGUUAGAUAAAACCUCUUUUUUUUUUUUUUGGAAGACUCGCUCCGGUCCACAACCAUCAACAUUCACAUCAUGAUUUAAUUUUUUUUUUCUUUCUCUUUGUGUUUUAGACAGAUCAUGAAGCUGUAUUUCCCAAAUAAAUGUACAAUUUACCAAAUUACUGAGAAAAUA